AUGUCUUAUACGCAAAGCCGACUACGGCGUGUUAGUGAGCACGUUCGAUAUUUCCGCGAAACCUCGGAAAAUCAAGAGACCAAGAGCUCAGAAGAAUGGAAAUCUUCGACGAAGAGGGAAACGCUCGGAGCAUUGGAACAAGAGUUGGCAAGGCUGGUUGCAUCGGCAAAAGAAGGCGAAACUGAAGGAGCACGAAGGGAAAUGAGCGGAUUCAGAAAUCUCUUCUCGAGAUUUUUGCGGGCUAAGACCCACAUUGAAUGGAAAGCGAUUCAGCCACUGCCCGAGGGAGCCAUUCGACCAUACAAACAACUUCCUCCUGUUUCCGAAUCGCAUAUCACACAAAUGCUCAGCAAACUUGUUGUCGUCAAACUCAACGGAGGCUUGGGUACAUCGAUGGGUUGCAAGGGGCCGAAAUCUGUGAUCGCUGUUCGAAACGAUUUGACUUUCCUCGAUCUCACCAUGCAGCAGAUUCAGCAACUCAACCGUACCUACAACGUGGAUGUCCCACUUGUGCUCAUGAACUCUUUCAACACCGACGAUGACACUCAGAAAUUGCUGAAGAAAUACGCGAAUGUCAAGGUGUCCGUGAUUUCUUUCUGUCAAUCUCGUUAUCCACGCAUCAACAAAGAAACUCUCAUGCCGAUUGCAAAAGAUAUGGGAACUGCUGACAUGGAAGCUUGGUAUCCACCUGGUCACGGAAACUUCUAUGAGGCUUUCGCCAACUCGGGACUUCUCGACAAGUUUUUGGAGCAAGGAAAAGAGUAUUGCUUCUUGUCCAACAUUGACAAUAUGGGCGCUACCGUCGAUCUAAACAUUCUCAACUUUGUGCUCAACUCAUCCGGAGGACAAGAGCCACCAGAAUUUGUGAUGGAGGUCACCGAUAAAACGCGUGCUGAUGUGAAGGGAGGUACACUGAUUCAAUACGAGGACAAAUUGAUGUUACUCGAGAUUGCUCAAGUGCCAAAAGAUUACGUGGAUGAGUUCAAGAGUAUCUCGAAAUUCAGAAUUUUCAACACAAACAACUUGUGGGCAAGCCUCGGAGCGAUUCGUCGAGUCGUUUCCAACAAUGAACUGGAUAUGGAGGUGAUUGUCAAUCCAAAGCAUCUCGAUCGAGGCAUGGACGUGAUUCAACUCGAGACAGCCGCUGGUGCCGCCAUCAAGAACUUCAAGAACUCGUGCGGAAUUAACGUGCCACGCUCGCGCUUCUUGCCCGUGAAAAAGACCUCCGAUUUGUUGCUUUUGAUGUCAAACCUUUAUGAUAUCGAUAAUGGCAGUUUAACCCUUUCAUCAGAGAGAUCAUUCCCCACAACACCGCUCGUUAAACUUGGAUCUUCGUUUGAUAAAGUCAAGGAUUAUCUUGCUCGUUUCCAAGGAAUUCCCGAUUUAAUCGAGCUCGAUCACUUGACUGUUUCCGGCGAUGUGUGGUUUGGUCGUGAUGUCUCGUUGAAGGGCACUGUGAUUAUCAUCGCGAACCAUGGUGACCGUAUCGACGUUGCUCCGGGAACCAUCCUCGAGAAUAAAAUCGUUUCCGGAAAUCUUCGAAUUCUUGAUCAU